CUAGCUCUAUGACGUCGUAGUGACGAAAUUUUUGGAUGACGUAGUCAGGUAGGUGGGGUGGGAUUGAAAUGUGCAAAAAUCGUUAUGCCACGCCCACUACAAGUGCCGAGUGCUAUACUGUUUUAACAACUACCACCCAAAAGUGAAGCACAAAUAUAUUUAUAUAUUACUUGCACGUACAGAGUUAACUGCAGUUAGAACUGUAGAAUGCCAGUUUGUAAGUUCUGCAAUGGAACCGAAUUCUUUUGUUUGGACGGCAAAUUUUUUUGUGCCGAAUGUGAUACUCAAUCUCAAGAUUUUGUCGAAGAACAAGCACCAGAAAUCCUUGCUGAUAAAUCGUUCACUACUAAAAAACUGAAGGAGCGGAAAGAAAAACAAGCUGGUGAUAAAGGCUUGCCAUGGAAUUCCGUUGAGGGUUUCCAGUUGAUUGUUAAAGCUCACGUAAAAGCUUUCAUUGAACUUGGUAUCAACCCUGCAAUAGAUGAUGUCAUGCAGCAAAUAUGGUUCAAAUAUGUACAAAAAUCAGGCAUGGCUAAAAUGGAUAGACAAGUUGAUAAAGACCUAGAUGCAGACAUAAGAUUUCGAGAUUACUUUCUACAACAUUUUAAAGAUGAUAUUUUGCCGAAAAGAGAUUCCAGCAAAAGCCUACGUUUGCGGAUAUCUAGAAGUGCAAAAAGAAAGUCGGGUGGUGAUGAAUUGGAUAAGGAAGAAGAGUGGUUUUCUGUAGAUUCUGAUAUUGCAACAGAUCAAGAGACAGAUGGCGCGUCAUCUGCUUCGUGUUCUGAAGGUUCUGUAGACUCUGGAGGUUACAAACGUUCUUCAGUUCAACAUUGGUAUAAAAUAAGUCACAUGAGUAACAUGAAGGUUAUAUGUUUCUGUUAUCUUGCUCUGCGAUGGUGUGAAGAACCUGUGACAAUUGCUGACCUCAUUUUCUGGGCUGAAACUGGAAGGAUUCCUUAUUAUGGAGCUGUGGAUUCUUUUCUUCCACAUAUGAAAACUUCCCAACAUGAUCAUGAAACUUUCUCUCGUUUGAGAAGAUUAGAGCAUACCAAGGUAAUGUGGAUGUCUAGAACACUGCGGAAAUACAUCAAAAUGCCAUACCUGCCUAAAGUCAACAUCAUGGAACUUGUUACACGCUAUUUAUACCAGUUGAAUUUGCCUCUCGCACUGGCAUCAUAUGCAAGUAAUUUACUGCAGAAAAUUGAAUCUUCAAACUGGCCUAGAGGGAGCACCAAGUUUUACAACAGAUAUGAGAACCCUGUGAGCUGCCGCAGUCCUGAACUGAUAGCAGUAUCAAUAAUCGCAGUAUUAAUGAAGCUUUUAUUUGUUUUGAAUGAUCGAGACGAAUGGAAAAUUAACUUUGAUCAAGAGACCUGCUCUAUGCAUCAUGAAAAUGAAAGACUUUGCAAUGGUUUCACAUGGCAAAACUGGGUUAAACAACAUUUGCUAUAUCAGAGGCAUCAUUUUGAAAACGAAUAUACGUUAUUUGAUCAUACUAAUUUGGGUCAAGUUGGGGAUCUACACGCAUGCAUGGAAAAUUAUGUGUCUGUCAUUUUAAAGGGUACUCAUGUGCGAUCAGAAGGCGGAAAAUUCAGCUGGAAAAAAGUGCAAGAUUUCGCUGAGACAAAACAAUUUGCAUUCAAUCGUCUUGUGGAAAAACAGGGCAGUGAAGAUGUCAAGCAGGAAAAAAAAGAAAAACGACAAUCUAUAAUGAAUGCCUAUAAACUUUUAGGAAGAGGAAAUUUUGAUGAAGAUUAUGAGGAUUUGACUCCCAUGUGUAUUAGUCUUGCUUUCCAGGCAAUGAAUGAAAGAGAUUCUCACUAUGUCCGAUAUAGAGAACCUCAAGGAAAUGAUGACUCGUCAGACUUUCACCAAUCUUAUUCAUUUUUGUUGAGCAUACUUUGCAACCUAAUGCACACAACAUCACAGAGUGUUCAUGAUUAUAUAUGGACCACUGAAUCUAUCACUGUGGCUAAAUAUCUUGUAUAAUUUUUCUUUGAUAUAAAUAGUCAUGCCUUUA